AUGCAAAUUCCGGAUGUCGUCUCGGCGGAAGCUGCAGCUCUAUUAGAAGACAUAAAACUUCUCCAAAGCCUAGGUUGCAACAAUGUGAUGCUGAGAAUGGAUAAUAUUGUGGUGGUUGAUGCUCUACGGAUGAAUGAAGGUCAUGCUAUGGUGGCAGCCCCAGUUUUAGAAGAAUGUAGAUUCUUGCUUCGUGAAUUCGGGAAGGUAACUAUUGAGCAUUGUAAUCGAGAGUCAAAUGUAGUUGCUCAUGAGCUAGCUAGUUGGGGAAGUACAAACUCUCCCUCUGUAUGGGUAGACGCACCCCCUGAGUUUAUUGUAAAAUCUCUAGCAAACGAUGUAAGUGUGGUUGAUUAA